CGGCGGCGGCGUCGGCGGUUGGAGCGGAGCCGGGUAGGAGCGGCCGACUUCAUCAGAAGGGGUUUCCUUACGUUUGUGCUGAUGGCUGUGUCUGGUACUCUUCCAGAAAUUCAUAGGACAUCAUCAAAGUCUCUAGUGAGCAUUUGGUAUCAAGACAAAAAGACAGUAGGAAGACCCAUCUGCGUGGAGCUUUGAAAAUCUGUGAAGUAAAAAUCAUUCACCAUGAAAAGCAAGUGGAAGUAGUCAGCAGCUGAAGUGCGUUCCAUUAGAUGUCUUCAUGAAUGAAUAUAUUUUCCAAAAUGUACUCAGCAUAACUUGUUUAUAGAGAGCACAAGCAAGAUUUUGGUCUGCAUGAAAGUGUACCAUAUAAGAUUGCAAUGGAUGAAUUUGCCACAAGGACUUAUGGCACUAGUGUGCAAGACAACAGGCCCUUGUUUGGAGAGACAUCAGCAAGGGAUCGAAUUGUCAACAUUGUUGUUGGUGUCCUCACUUCUUUAUUGCUAAUAGUAACGAUUAUUAGCGCUUUUGUUUUCCCUCAGUUACCUCCAAAACCAUUGAAUGUUUUCUUUGUUGUCUGCAUCUUGCUGAGUUGCGCCUCCAUUGGUGUUCUUAUUUUCUGGUAUCGCCAAGGCGACCUGGAACCUAAAUUCCGGAAUCUAAUCUACUACAAUUUAUUUUCCAUCCUUAUGCUGUGCAUAUGUGCCAACUUAUACUUUCAUGAUGUUGGUAAAUGACUUGACAGUAGCAGCUCGAGAAUUCACUUCCAGUCUACCACAUGCUGACAACUGAAAAUUACACAAAUGAAGUUCUCAAAUGUAGAAAUGGAAUUUCUGGUCUGCACAGCAAGAAAGAAUGUUUUGUAAAUGUGGAGUGAGUUUCCUUACCAGCUUCGUAUUGUACUACAGAACUUGAAGCAUACUGGAGGCAGACUGCUUCGUGUGUGAGCUGGGGUCGAUGCCACAAACAUUGAUGCAAUUUGUUUUCCAAAAUAAAUUUUAAGACUUGCACUAAAUGAACAUUCCAGACUUGCCAAGGUUUUGAGAUGACACACACGUUCUUUUUGUAAAGGGUGAUUUUUUUUUCUCUCCUGCAAAUUGUUUUUUUUAAUUAUAUGCAGCACUUCAAAACAAUUACCUGUUUCAACAAAGUAUAACACAAAGUAGAAAUAAAGAUACUGCAGGACAAAUAUACUUUUUAUUUUGUCUUAAGUAAUGAAAUAAUUGCACUAUGCAGCCACUUAACUACUGGAUUUUUACAAUAAAAUGAAAUAGCCAAACCAAGCCUGUGAACCAAUACUAGACAAUACAACGGUAAGAAAGCAUUUACUUUGUUUUAAAGAAUAAAUAGUAAUAAAAUAAUUUAUAUACAUUGAA